AAAGAAUGUAUUUUCAUCCACUUAAAAAAAAAUUACAACAUGUCCAUAUCCUCUGCCCUUCUCUCGAAUCUCUCCUGCGCCACUUCUUCGUCUCCUCGUCUCUCCUUUAACCCUUCUCAGGAAAACCGAUGGAGGUGCGGUUCGUUGAAGCUUCACGCCGCUCUUUCCGACUUCCCUCUUGCUAGCAAGAUCAUGAUUAGAAAUUUAUCAUACACUGUCACAGAGAGUCGCUUGGUGAAGGAAUUUUCGAAAUUUGGACACAUAGCUGACAUUAAGCUCGUCAAGGAUGAAGACACGAAAAAAUCCAAAGGCUAUGCUUUCAUCCAAUACAGAUGUCAAGAUGAUGCAUUAGCUGCAUUAGAAACCAUGGAUAAUGAGCCAUUAGAUGGUCGGUUGAUAUUUUUAGAGCUGGCGAAGCCAGGACGUGAUGCUUUUGGUGGGUACCCGAUAUCCUCCGGACCACCUAAGGAACCUAUAAAGUUUGUCAAGGAGGAUGACAACAAUGUCUCGGUUUGAAAUACUUGUUUGAUGUUCUUUUGUUUAUCUUGUUUGUUCAUUUUCUUCAGGGAUCAAUGAUGAGUUAUGUUUUGCAUGGAUUUCAAAGUUUGGGGUUUAUUUUGGGCAAACUAUUGGUUUUCAGUGUCUUGUUUUUUUAUAUUAGGAAACUAGGGAUGAAUAUUUUAUUGGUAUAUACCUAUUCAUUUUCUAGCAA